AUGUUGGGAGAGUCAGUGGAGGACCUGAAGAAGACUUCAGUCAGCGCUUCUACUGAACUUGAAGAUGUGAGCUGUGAUGUCUGCACUGAGAGAAAGGUGAAAGCUGUCAAGUCCUGUCUGCAGUGUCUGGUCUCUUACUGUGAGCAGCACCUCCAGCCUCACUAUGAAUCCCUUGCCUUUGAAAAACACAAACUGGUGGACCCCUGUCAGAAGCUUGAUGACCAUGUCUGCUCUCAUCACAAUGAAGUUAUAAAGAUUUUCUGCCGCACUGAUCAGCAGUGUAUCUGUUGUUUGUGCUCCAAGGAUGAACAUAAAGGCCACGACACAGUUUCAGCUUUAACAGAAAGGAAAGAGAAACAGACAGAGCUCGGGGUGAGUCAGCAAAACAUCCAGCAGAGAAUUAAAGAAAAGGAAAAAGACAUGAAGGUGCUUCAGCAGGAGGUGGAGGCAAUCAAUCAGUCUGCUGAUAAAGCUGUGAGAGACAAUGAGAAGGUCUUCAAUGAUCUUAUCCAACUCAUCAAAAAAAGAAGCUCCAAUCUGAAGCAGCAGAUCAGAUCUAAGCAGAAAAAUGAGUUGAACAGAGUCGGGGAGCUUCAGGAGAAGCUGCAGCAGGAGCUCGCUGAACUGAAGAGGAAGGGGACAGAGCUGGAACAGCUGUCAGGCACACAAGAUCACAUCCACUUCCUACACAGUUACCCUCUUCUGUCGCCUCUAAGUGAAUCCACAAACUCGCCCAGUAUCAAUAUUCGCUCACCGUGUUACUUUGAUGAUGUAACAGCAGCUGUAUCAGAGGUCAGAAAGAAACUCGAGAAUACUAUUAAACUUGAGUGGACCAAGAUCUCACUUAAAGUGACCAGUGCGGAUUUUUUACUCCUACCGGAGCCAGAACCCAAGACCAGAGCUGACUUCUUGCAGUAUUCACGUCAAAUCACACUGGAUCUAAACACUGCACACCCACAGCUGAUAUUAUCUGAAGGCAACAGAAUAGCUAGAUUGACGAUAAAAAAACAGCUGUAUCCUGAUCAUCCAGACAGAUUCACUCAAAGGCAGCAGGUUCUGAGCAGAGAGAGCCUGACUGGACGUUGCUACUGGGAGGUGGAGAUGGGACCAGCUAGUGCUACAGUUGCAGUCACAUACAAGGACAUUAGCAGAACAGGAGAUGAAAGUGAAUUUGGAUGCAAUGACAGAUCUUGGGCUUUAGAAAAUUCUGUUGAAUUUAUUCACAACAGCAUGAGCAACACCAUCUCGGGUCCUCGGUCUUCCAGAAUUGGAGUGUACCUGGAUCACAGUGCAGGUGUUCUGUCUUUCUACUGGAUCUCUAAAACCAUGACUCUCCUCCACAGAGUCCAGACCACAUUCAGUCAGCCGCUCUACGCUGGACUCAGCGUUUAUGGUUGUGGUAAUUCUCUGAAAUUGUGUGAACUCACAUAG